AAUCCUUCUCCAGAUCCGGCACUCCGAGCCCUUGCCUUCCUCCAACCCAACAUCACCCCUAGAAUUUUAAGAUUUGGACUCUAGGUCAUGUUCCCGAGAAACCCAAGAACUACAAUUCCCAUGAAGCCGCUCUUCGCCGCGCCGUUGUCCUGGCGGCGUCGCUGCCAUGGCAACCAGGAAGUCCAUCCCUUCCAGGUCCCCUUGCUCCACUCUGGGUUUCGCUCCAGCGCCUUUGGGGAGGCCGAGAUGCCCAGUGAUACACUUUGGGAAAUUGCAAAAGCUGAAGUAGAGAAAAAAGAAAUUUCUGAAAAUGGUGGCGAUGGAAUAGAAGUCUGUGAAAAAUCUGUAUUCUUCAUUGGCAGUAAAAAUGGGGGCAAGACUACUAUUAUUCUAAGAUGUCUUGACAGAGAUGAGCCACCAAAACCAACCUUAGCUUUGGAGUAUACUUAUGGAAGAAGAGCAAAGGGACAUAACACACCUAAAGACAUUGCUCAUUUUUGGGAACUGGGUGGAGGAACCUCUUUGUUGGACUUAAUCACCAUCCCAAUAACAAAUGAGACUUUGAGGACAUUUUCCUUAGUUCUUGUUUUGGAUCUUUCAAGACCCAAUGACCUUUGGCCAACCAUGGAAAGUCUGUUGCAAAUCACAAAAACCCAUGUAGAUAAACUCAUAGUGAAACUGGGCAAGACCAAUGCUAAAGCAGCUUCUGAAAUGAGGCAGAAGAUGUGGAGUAAUAUGCAGAAGGACCAUCCAGAUCGUGAAUUAAUUGACCCAUUUCCAAUUCCUCUGGUGAUAAUUGGAAGCAAAUAUGAUAUUUUUCAGGAUUUUGAUUCUGAGAAGAGAAAAAUAAUCUGCAAGACACUUCGGUUUGUUUCCCAUUAUUAUGGAGCUUCAUUGAUGUUUGCCAGUAAAUCAGAAGCUCUCCUACUGAAAAUACGUGGAGUUAUCAAUCAAUUAGCAUUUGGCAUUGACAAAAGCAAAUCAAUAUCUGUGGACCAGAAUAAACCACUGUUUAUCCCAGCAGGAUUGGAUUCUUUAAGUCAAAUAGGGUCUCCUCCUCUCUCUGAGAAUGACCUUGGACAGCUUCAUGCACAAACACCAAUGGAUCUGUGGAAAAAAGUAUAUGAAAAAGUCUUUCCACCAAAGAGUGCCAGUACAUCCAAAGAGACCAGAGAUCCCGCCCGAGACCCCCAAUAUGCAGAAAGCGAAGUUGAUGAGAUGCGAGCCCAGAAAGACCAGGAACUGGAACAGUAUAAGAAAAAUUCUUCUAAAUCCUGGAAACAAAUCGAGUUUGAUUCCUGAAUCCUAAUACAAGUGGACAAAAGCAUCAGUAGAAUGUACAAACGUGUUUGAAACAGUUAUGAAGAAUUAGUCUCACAUACUACAACAAUUUCCUUUAGGGAUGGCUCCUUUGGAAUUAAGGUACUUCUAACCCAAAGUUGAAGUAGAAGAAUGCCCUUGAAUUGAAACUUCAUCAGAGAUACACCAUGGUAGUUAUCUGGUUCCAAUCUCCUAUUACUAGUCUCAUGAAAUUCCUAUCAAGAUGUCUAUUGACAGGACUAUUGAUAUAACCAAAACCUCAUUGACUCUAGAGAUGCAAAAACUAAGUGCCAGUUUCAGUAGCAUGAUCAUUCUUAAAAACAAACAAAUCCUCAAAUGCAUUUGCAGCAUGUUUGGGUGACCAGCCAACUUAAAUGUGUAUAUCUACCAUUCUGAAUACACAGCUUAAAGUCUUUCACUUAAUACAUAUCAGAAUACAUUAUUAUUCUGUCUGAAAUUAAAAGCUAGCUCUCAACUUUUAGGGAAAAAAGUAAUUAAUAUGAAGUUUCCAAAAAUUUGGAAUAAUUUGAAUAUUGUGUAUUUACAUGAGUAUUUCCAUUUUCUGGUAGCUAAUAGGUAGAAAAGGUCAAGAAAUUUGUUUUAUUUACAAUCCUGCUACUGAGUUGGACAAAUAUAUAGUCUGUAUCUCAGUAAAAUAUAGAUUGCUUUAUAUUUUGCUUAGUGUGAAUUAUAUAAAUCUGAUUCAUAUAUGUAUCUGUAAUUUU